AUGUCCUCAAACAACGGACACAAAGAAGUGAGCCAGGGUACCGUCACUCGGUAUCAGCAGACCCUGGAGACCAUCUACGAGACCAGCGAAGAAAUGCCCCCAACUCACCAGGUUCUCUCGGCGAAACCGUUGAUGCGAAGUCGCAUCCCUCGCGCUCAGCGCAAACCUCCACAGCGCGAGGUUUUUAUGAGCGAAGAAGCAAUGGUUCGCCGGGCCAUCCUGGCCGAGUUGGAGGAAAUAGACAAGCACUGGGAGAACCUGGCGAAGCUAUACGCCACACUCCUUGAGUUGAUGAGGAAGAAGAGGACACGGGGCUAA